GCUUAUUCAUUCAUUAUUUAUUUCCGUUCAUAGUACGGCGAUGGUUGUGUUUAUCGAAUAUAAAUAAAAAAAAUAAAAAUAGCACAAUUUUAAACAGAAUUAGUGUAUUAUUUUAAUUAAAAUCAGUGACCAUGGCGUUGGGGGCGUACGCUGAGGAAUAUUUUCGCUCCAUGAAUCCUAUAGCUUCGAAAAUACACGAAGAUAUAGAGGACGCAAAGAAUUCUUACGAAAAUAUAUGGGAAACGCUAACGGAAAAAGAAAAGACUGAAAUCAUAAACGAAUCUCUAAUAAAACCUGACAUAAGUCUGAAGUAUGCUCUCCUAGAUACCCUAGACUUCGACAUAAACGACCCACCAGUCCGCAAAGAUGACUUAAUGUCAUUCUUUGGUCGUGAACAUGGGCAGAAACUUAUUCAGGAUGAACAUACAUCAUACAGAGAUGAACACAGCAGCCCGUUCCUUUACCAAACGAAGAGCCAAUUAAAUCUCUGUAUUCUAAGCGACUGUAGGGCUCCGAAGGAUGUGAAACCCACAUCACCACCUCCCAUCAUGUCUGAGCUAGCUCUAUCACACUCUAAAGUGGUCUCCGAGCUGAAGAAUGCUUUGAAAUCCCAUGAUGUUCUAAGAAGUACUUUUAAGGAAGGUACGGAGAGGGAAGUCACUUCUCCAGGCUUCAUCAGCAAGUUCAUUGGGAAUUUCAAGAGUAAAGAUGAGGAACGAGAGUGUCUGGUGUCUGUCGGACCUCAGACCCAAAUAGUGGCUUCCUCGGAGAAUUUCUUCAGGACCAAUUUCAAGAGUCCGCAGCCCGAGAAUAAGUAUGAGAAGGAUUAUAGGAGCAGUGUGGCUAAAUCUAAUAGUGACUUAUCAGAAGAGAAUAGAGGUCUGCUAUCCUCAAGCCAGGCAUCAUCAGGAACUGACUUCCAGUCAACGGAGACCCUGACUGACUCUGUACCGAAGACAGGUUACGAUUUCUUGGAUAAUUGGUAAUUUUUUGUACCAAAAACAUUUUCGUUUUAGUAAUAAAUUAUUAUUCAAAAAUUG